AUGAGGACUCCUUCUCUUGCACGGUUGCCGUACCGUGCGGUGUCUUUGACCAGCACUUCUCGCUUCCAGUCCCAGAACCUUCUGCGUUUGCGAUGCGCAUCCACGGCCGCUUUGCGGCCCUCCGGUGUCGCUCCGGCUUAUCAGUCGCUUUUGAGGCAAUGGGAACAACGCCGCAAUGCUGCCUCCGCUACUGCCUCUGCAGUUCUCGAGGCCGCCGCAGCUAGCCCGGAGAGCCUGUCGCAGGCCGCAAUUAUCGACAACCUCGACCCCGUUGAGGCUGCCCGCCUGGACAAAGUUCGGAACAUUGGUAUUGCGGCCCAUAUCGACAGUGGUAAGACCACCGUUACCGAGCGAGUCCUUUUCUACACCGGUCGAAUCAAGGCGAUUCACGAGGUCCGUGGCCGUGAUGCUGUCGGUGCCAAGAUGGACUCCAUGGAUUUGGAGCGUGAGAAGGGUAUCACUAUCCAAUCUGCUGCCACCUUCUGUGACUGGGUCAAGAAGGACAAGGAGGGCGUCGACCAGAAAUACCACGUCAACUUGAUUGACACCCCCGGUCACAUUGAUUUCACCAUCGAAGUCGAGAGAGCGCUGCGCGUUCUCGAUGGAGCCGUUAUGAUCUUGUGUGCUGUAUCCGGCGUUCAGUCCCAGACCAUUACCGUCGACCGUCAAAUGCGCCGUUACAAUGUUCCCCGUAUCUCCUUCGUCAACAAGAUGGACCGUAUGGGCGCAAACCCCUUCAAGGCUAUUGAUCAGAUCAACACCAAGCUCAAAAUGCCCGCCGCUGCCGUCCAGGUCCCAAUUGGUGCCGAGGACGAGUUCGAGGGUGUUGUCGAUCUGAUCCGCAUGAAGGCUCUCUAUAACAAGGGUCCUAGCGGCGAGGAUAUUGUUGAGACCGAUGAAAUCCCCGACAAGGUCAAGGAGCUUGCGCAACAGCGGAGAGCCAUUCUUAUCGAGACUCUCGCUGAUGUGGACGAUGAGAUUGCCGAGAUCUUCCUGGACGAGGGUGAGCCUACCGAGGACCAGCUGCGGGCCGCUAUCCGUCGAGCCACCGUUAGUCUGAAGUUCACCCCUGUCUUCAUGGGCUCUGCUCUGGCCAACAAGUCUGUUCAGCCCAUGCUGGACGGUGUCGUCGACUUUCUGCCUAAUCCUGCGGAAGUUGAGAACCUUGCCCUUGACCAGAAGCGCAAUGAGGCAUCCGUGAAGCUUGUUUCAUAUAACUCCCUUCCCUUCGUCGGCCUGGCUUUCAAGCUCGAGGAGAGCAAUUUCGGACAGUUGACCUACAUUCGUGUGUACCAGGGUACUCUCCGCAAGGGCUCCAAUGUGUUUAACGCCCGCAACAACAAGAAGGUCAAGGUCCCCCGUAUCGUGCGCAUGCACUCCAACGAAAUGGAGGAAGUUAGCGAGAUCGGCGCUGGGGAGAUCUGCGCCGUGUUCGGUGUUGAGUGUGCCUCCGGUGAUACUUUCACUGACGGACAGCUUGGCUACAGCAUGUCUUCCAUGUUCGUUCCCGAGCCCGUCAUUUCACUUUCCAUUAAGCCCAAGCAGGCGAAGGACGCCGCCAACUUCUCCAAGGCCAUGGCCCGUUUCCAGCGAGAGGACCCGACCUUCCGUGUGACUCACGACAGUGAGAGCGAGCAGACUAUCAUCUCUGGCAUGGGUGAGCUGCAUCUUGACAUUUACGUUGAGCGUAUGCGCCGUGAGUACCGCGUCCACUGUGAGACCGGCCAGCCUCAGGUCGCCUACCGUGAGACCAUUGGCAAGCGUGUCGAUUUCGACCACUUGCUCAAGAAGCAGACUGGUGGUGCUGGUGACUAUGCCCGUGUCAUGGGCUGGAUGGAACCUACCGGGGCCCUCGAGGACAACAAGUUCGAGCAGCAGAUCGUCGGUGGCAGUAUUUCCGAGAAGUUCUUGUACGCUUGCGAGAAGGGUUUCAACCUCUCCUGCGAAAAGGGUCCUCUGAUCGGCCACAAGGUGCUCGGCACCUCCAUGGUCAUCAACGAUGGUGCGACUCACAUGACUGAUUCGUCCGAAAUGGCUUUCAAGAACGCUACUCAGCAGGCCUUCCGCAAGGCUUUCGCGGAGAGCAACCCCUCUGUGCUGGAGCCCUUGAUGAAGACUGUAGUUACUGCCCCUUCUGAGUUCCAGGGUGAUGUAAUUGCUCUGCUGAACAAACGUGGAGCCACUAUCAACGAUACUGAGACUGGCGUUGACGAGUUCACCGUCUACGCUGACUGCAGUCUGAACGGCAUGUUCGGCUUCAGCUCCAACCUCCGCGCUACCACCCAGGGCAAGGGUGAAUACACCAUGGAGUUCAGUCACUACGAGAAGGCGCCUCCACAGGUCCAGAAGGAGCUUAUUGCCAAGUAUCAGAAGGCCCAGGCUGACCGGAACAAGAAAUAA